CCCAAGAGGGCAGAAAGGAACCCAACAGCCUCUGUGUUCGGAGGCAGGACUUUGGGGGAAGGAAGCCCCAGAAGAGGGCCCUCCCUGGGGAAGAAAGCAUGAGGAUCACUGGAGUGCAGCCUCCAGCUUCCGCUGCCUCGUGGAUGUGGUGCCCGUGAAGAAUGAGGAUGGAGCCGUCAUUAUGUUCAUCCUCAACUUUGAGGACCUGGCCCAGCUCCUGGCCAAGCGAGGGAACCGCAGCCUGUCCCAGCGCCUGCUGUCCCAGAGCUUCCUGGGCUCCGAGGGCUCUCAUGGCAGGCCGGGUGCACAGGGACCUGGCACGGGCAGGGUCAAGUACAGGACCAUCAGCCAGAUCCCGCAGUUCACACUCAACUUUGUGGAAUUCAACCUGGAGAAGCACCGCUCGGGCUCCGCCACGGAGAUUGAGAUCAUCGCACCCCACAAGGUGGUAGAGCGGACCCAGAACGUCACCGAGAAGGUCACCCAGGUGCUGUCCCUGGGUGCGGACGUGCUGCCGGAGUACCAGCUGCAGGCACCGCGCAUCCACCGCGGGACCCUCCUGCACUACAGCCCCUUCAAGGCCGCGUGGGACUGGCUCAUCCUGCUGCUGGUUAUCUACACGGCCAUCUUCACGCCCUACUCGGCCGCCUUCCUGCUCGGCGACCAGGACGAGCCUCAGCGCGCGGACUGUGGCUACAGCUGCAGCCCGCUCACCACGGUCGACCUCAUCGUGGACAUCAUGUUCGUCGUGGACAUCGUCAUCAACUUCCGCACCACCUACGUCAACGCCAACGACGAGGUGGUCAGCCACCCACGCCGCAUUGCCGUCCACUACUUCAAGGGCUGGUUCCUCAUCGACAUGGUGGCCGCCAUCCCCUUCGACCUGCUCAUCUUCCGUACUGGCUCCGAUGAGACCACAACCCUGAUCGGGCUGCUGAAGACGGCUCGGCUGCUACGGCUGGUGCGUGUGGCUCGCAAGCUGGACCGCUACUCUGAGUACGGGGCAGCGGUGCUCUUCCUGCUCAUGUGCACCUUUGCGCUCAUCGCACACUGGCUGGCCUGCAUCUGGUAUGCCAUCGGCAACGUGGAGCGGCCCUACCUGGAGCCCAAGAUCGGCUGGCUGGACAGCCUGGGAGCACAGCUCGGCAAGCGCUACAACGGCAGCGACCCAGCCUCGGGCCCCUCGGUGCAGGACAAGUAUGUCACGGCCCUGUACUUCACCUUCAGCAGCCUCACCAGCGUGGGCUUCGGCAACGUCUCACCCAACACCAACUCUGAAAAGGUCUUCUCCAUCUGCGUCAUGCUCAUUGGCUCCCUCAUGUAUGCCAGCAUCUUCGGCAACGUGUCGGCCAUCAUCCAGCGCCUGUACUCGGGCACGGCGCGCUACCACACGCAGAUGCUGCGAGUCAAGGAGUUCAUCCGCUUCCACCAGAUCCCCAACCCGCUGCGGCAGCGCCUCGAGGAGUACUUCCAGCACGCCUGGUCCUACACCAACGGCAUCGACAUGAACGCGGUGCUGAAGGGCUUCCCCGAGUGCCUGCAGGCCGACAUCUGCCUGCAUCUGCACCGCGCGCUGCUGCAGCACUGCCCGGCCUUCCACGGCGCCAGCAAGGGCUGCCUGCGCGCGCUCGCCGUCAAGUUCAAGACGACGCACGCGCCGCCCGGGGACACUCUGGUGCACCUCGGCGACAUGCUCUCCACGCUCUACUUCAUCUCCCGCGGCUCCAUCGAGAUCCUGCGCGACGACGUAGUGGUGGCCAUCCUCGGAAAGAAUGACAUCUUUGGGGAGCCCGUUAGCCUCCAUGCCCGGCCGGGCAAGUCCAGUGCAGACGUACGGGCCCUGACCUACUGUGACCUGCACAAGAUCCAGCGGGCAGACCUGCUGGAGGUGCUGGACAUGUACCCCGCCUUCGCAGACAGCUUCUGGAGUAAGCUGGAAGUCACCUUCAACCUGCGGGAUGCAGGCGGGGGUCUCCAGUCAUCACCCCAACUGGCCCCAGGCAGCCAGGACCACCAAGGCUUCUUCCUCAGUGACAACCAGUCAGAUGCAUCUGGCCUCUGGCCUGAGUUGCUGCAGCAAGUGCCCCCCAGACCAAGUCAGAGCCCCCCAAACCCUCAGGGAGACCCCGACUGCUGGCCUCGGGAGCUAGGCUCCAGGCUAGAGCAGCUCCAGGCCCAGAUGAACAGGCUGGAAUCGCGCAUGUCCUCAGACCUCAGCCGCAUCCUGCAGCUCCUUCAGCAGCCCCCGCCCCAGGACCACGCUGGCUACAUGCUGGGAGCCCCUGCCUCCGAUGACCUGGCCUUGUCUCCUGCAACCUCAGCGACUCAGAGUCCAGGAACUAGACUACCUCAGGGCGAUCUGCCCCCUGCACAGGCCCCCAGUUAUGGUGACCUGGAUGAAUGGAGGCCGAAGCUCGGGAACUCCUCCUCCAGGAUGCUGGCCCCAGCCACAGAAAUGGACAAAACUGCAACACUGUCCUCGGAACAGAAGCAGCCUGAGGGGCUCCUGUCACCCUUGGCCUCACCUCUGCAUCCCCUGGAGGUACAGGGACUUGUCUGUGGUCCUCGCUUUCCCUCCCUCCCUGAACACCUCAGCUCUGUCCCCACGUAGCUGGAGUUCCAGAGACAUGGCUCAGAUCCUGGAUUUGUGAGGAGCUAGAGCCACUGUACCCCAAGAUAAGAGACACCAGGAAGGAACUGAAGGUGGGUGAGGUGACAGUUAAGGAUUUGGGGGAGGCAGACUGUAAACUGAAAACCAUUUACCUAGAGUAGCUACAAACUGCCAAUCCAGGUGACCCAAGAUGGCUUGGGCGAAGAGGCUCAGGACUUCUCCCAGCCUCCCGCAGGACUCUAUUUAGACAGCAGGCCUGGUGGAGGGUGGGUGAGCCUCAGGUGUAGAGGUAGCUUAUGGGACAGAGAACUCAGUGAAGAACAGAGACCUUUCUGAUCUACUGUGUGAGAGCCUUGCUCUAUGCUAAGUACGAUCACCUCCCAGCUCAGAACUCUCCCCCACCACUCAGCCAGCCCCCAAGGUUGGUCAAGACCUCCCGCUGAGAGCCUGUGAACCAGCUGGAGAUGAAAGUGUCCUCUGUAGUGGACACAUCAGGGACAGAACUCCAGCCCUCAGCCACUCUGCCCCCGACGGUUCUGUGAUGACCUUUGGGACCCUAGUGGACAGUAGAGUGUCUCAGAGCUAAUAAAGUCUGCACACUUCAUGUUGGGCUGGGUGUGUAACUUACGUAGGGUCAUCAGGUCCUUGAUUGUGCUGUAACUGACAGCUGUGAUCUUCUCCAAGUCCCUCUCCCAAGGAGCUGUGCGAUGGGGACCUGAAGGUGGAUCCACCAUGUUCAGGAGUCCCCGGAGCAGGGGGCUUUUAGCCAGGCUGGGGUGAAGGGAAGCAGAGAGGCACUGGCUUGGUGGCCGUAGGGAAUCAUGACAACAGCCAACACUUCCAUAGCAUGCAAUCUGUGUUGGGGGACACCGUGCUGACUGCCCUGCAGAUAUUAGUUCAUCAACUCUUUACAACAGCUAUAUGGGGUCAGUAUUAUUAUCCCCAUUUUAAAGAUGAGGGAUCAGAAGCAGAGAGACACUAAGAAAUUUACCCAAGCAAGACGGGAACUUCUGGGGUGCUGGUACUCUUCUAUUUCCUGAUCUAAGUGCUGAUUGCAUGAAUGUGUUUCAGGUUGUAAAAAUAUGUGCACUUCUAUGUGUAAACUAUACUUUGAUUUAAAAAAAAAAGAAUAUUUCCCAAAAACAUAUCAAAAGGAGGACAUAAUUUCAACCCAGAUGGUCUGGUUUGAGAACAUGUGCAGCCAACUACUCCACUGAAAUGGGCUGUUGUCCAAAAAAGUCACUGGUGCUGUCCUUUUGCAGUACUCCCUAAAAGAAUUUUGAAAAUGUAUUUCCCCCUCACACAUUUUUAGUUGACAUCUGAAGUAUUUCAUGAUAAGUUUAAAUAGUUGAAGAGGACAGGACUUCCCUGGUGGCGUAGUGGUUAAGAAUCUGCCUGCCAAUGCAGGGGACAUGGGUUCGAGCCCUGGUCUAGGAAGAUCCCACAUGCCACGGAGCAACUAAGCACGUGCGCCACAAUUACUGAGCCUGCGCUCUAGAGCCUGCGAGCCACAAGUGCUGAGCCCGUGCACCUAGAGUCCGUGCUCCUCAACAAGAGAAGCCACCGCAAUGAGAAACCCACACACAGCAAUGAAGAGUAGCCCCCCCACUCGCCACAACUAGAGACCCAACGCAGCCAAAAAAAUGAAUAAAUUUUUAAAAUAAAUAAAUAAAUAGUUGCAGAGGACAUAAUUUCCAGUGUGUUGUAAAUAUUGACACUUUAUAAACUGUUGCAUUCAUAUCAAUCUAUUUCAAUCCAAAUAGCAGUGAUUCAGAAGCCGAUAUCAUUCAUUUUAAAAACAGGAGAGCAAGCUCUUCUUUAACAUAGUUCCUUUUUCUCUGCUCAUAAUUUCACUCUAUUCCAUCCACAGUUUAUCUGACAUGUAAUUUAUUUCCAUGUUUGAAAGUCUAUUAUUAAUAACCUCAUCAUAUCUGUUUGCAAAGCACGCUCGCUGCAAAUAGAGAAAGACCGCACGCAGCAAUGAAGACCCAACGCAGCCAAAAAUAAAUAAAUAAAUUUAUAAAAAAUAAUAAAAGAAAUUUUUAAAGUAAUUGUAACCUUACUAAGGCUUUAAGGGUUACACUUAUUAGUACUAGGUUUUUCAAAACAACAUAAAUAUCUCUUUAAAUUUUUAUAGAAACUAAAAUUUUAUUGGAUAUACAUCUCUUACGAGGGAAUUUUCUUCUCAAUUAGUUCAUGUGUAUGGAUGAAUAUUAAUUUUUUAUUAGAGUAAAACAGA